UUAAACAGGUGACACUUUAAUUCCGGACAGUCACUCUAAUUCUGGACAGCCUGUGAUUUCUCCUUCUACUUUUAACCAACACCCAUGAUAUUUCUAGAUAUGACAAACAUGGUCAUAAAAGAUAUGUAGGUAACAUUGAUUGGUCUCCAGGGACUUGUCAAAUCUGCAGAAUUCUGCAGAAUUCUGCGCAGAAUUCUGCGACAGGCACAGAAUUCUGCAGGCAGACACAGAAUUCUGUGCAGAAUUCUGUGCCCAUGACACAGAAUUCUGUGCCCAUGACACAGAAUUCUGUGCCCAUGACACAGAAUUCUGUGGCCACAUGCAGAAUUCUGUGGCUACAUACAGAAUUCUAUGCAGACUUCUUCACAUAUUUGAGAGAAGUCUGUGGGUAAACUACCCUACCCCUACCCCUACCCCUCUAACCCAUUCGUGGCUUCGUACCUCAUGGCAGUCGAGUUCUAGUUCGUAAUCUGCAAACUUCCUGGUAGGAAUAUUACGCGGAUGGAGGAGGCGCAGCGUCUGUACUACGCAUGCGAUGAUAUCAACCUAUGGUGACGCCACUACCCUACCCCACAUAUUGUGUCUGUGCUAUCUGUGAGUAGACAGCAAAUGGACAAGAGAAUAAAUUUUCAUCAUACAGUUAUACCUGUCUAUAGUGACCACUCAAGGGACUAGAGAAAUAUGGCCACUAUAGACAGGUGGCCACUGUACAGAAAAUGCUGAUCAAUUGACCACGAGAAAUAAGUUACACAUGAUUUCAGUACCCACUCAAAUCUUUGUCACCAAGUACCAUUGCCUCGAUCGUCUCAAAAUUUAACUGACCCUGCCAAAGUCAAAUCUACCAAAAAUGAUUGAUAUUGCCAUGCCCAAUAUUGGUACAUUCGCCAACAAAGACUUGCGCUCUAACGUUCAAGGUAUGCGUACCUUCCGCUACCGCUAAAGUGACCCUGCCGGGAACUCCAAAUCCUCCCAAACUACAAUAUAGGGUGACAUACGGUUGCCGUUUGGUCGCAAUAGGCAGUGUUUCUGUAUCUACAGGACCGGAAAUGAAAUCCUGUGGCCGUGGCCGCAUUGGACAGGUGGCUGCUAUAGACUAUGUCUUAAUGCUAAGGUCAAUGGGAAAAAUCCAAGGGACCGACAAAAAGGGACCACAAUGGCCAGCUGGUCGCUAUGCAAAGGUGGCCGCUAAGACAGGUUUGACUGUAUAUCAUCAUGUUCUGACCCUUUUGAUGAAGAGAAUCUUGGAGAAUGCUUUGCAGCAGAAAAAGUGCAUACAGUUGUAUUUCUGCUGGUUUGAAUAGCUUCGGGCUUGUAUGCCUUUAACUUCUGAAUGCUCAUAGGUUUUUGUAUGCAAAAAUCAUAUCAAAAUAUGAUAAAACUGCUACAUUUUUACAUACUUUAUUGUCCCCAGAUUGCAUGUGGCAAUGCAACAUAAUUACAUACAUGUGUACAUGCGUCAUGUGGCAUUUAUGGUAAAUCUGAUUGGAUAUCAGAUCUCAUAUGUGAUUGGAUAUCACAUAUGAUUUUAUCUUAUGAAAUUAGUCUCUCAGAUAGGACAUUAAAUGGAGGUCCCGGGUUUGAAGAGAGCCACACCCCAAGCACGUAAAAGAACCCAACGCACUUAUCGAAAAGAGUAGGGGUCAUUCCUGGUCGGAGUGGAUGAAAUAAUCAGUACAAACCUGGUGUGUUAUGUAUAAGGUGGUUUACCGGGUAUGCAAAACAGACAAUUGGUCCUUCAAAGUACCUUGAAAUUCUUUGGAAGUGUGACUGGGGCCAAUCUAAGAAAGUUCAACUGAGCACACAAGUUAUAUCGGCUCAGCAGCUGUUGCCUGAAGUCGCUUUUGUUAUUUCUUAAUGGAAGAAUCAGCUACUAAGCUGGGUCAAUUAAUUCCUGUAUAUUCAAUUUCAAUUUCAGAUGCAGUCAUUGAAAUGCGCUGGUAUACAUUGUACUGGUUUGAUUCCAAAGCAUACCCUCAAUUAUUUCAAUCAAUGAAUAGACUCAAUCAUAAGUCCUAACAAUUGUUGGCACAUUCAUCUAAUCUCUAAAUUUGUUUUGCAAAAGUCUAUGAAAGAAAAGUAUAACUAUGUGGCUAAAGUAUACUGUGGUUGCAUUCUUCAUUAGGCUCUCCUUACCUCCUGAGGGGUAACUAACAGUCCUUUCCAGUCUUCAGUUCCUAUUAAAAGCAUACACCUAUAAAGACAGGCAGUGAGUUUACUUAGCCAUUGGUUACAGUCCCGCCCACAGAAUUAAGUCAACAAGCUGUGGGGCUAAAUAGACUUGUGACAGGUUCUGUGCUAUCUUGAUUGACAACCCCGUGCUGGCUGGGCUGUUUGGUUUGGUAACUACUUCCAGAUGUUCUUUGGUCACCUAAAAAUGACUGUUGUCUUCUAGCUGGCAUGUUGGUGAGAUGCUCAGUAACUAUGAUGAAUUAUUUGCUACAUGUGUGUGGGAAAUAAAUUCAUAUACAUGAUUGAAAAUAGAUUGUCAAUUUAAAUGCUUUGUUGUGACAAAGACAUGAUGAUUUGAGCAGAGUAGGGUAGGGUAGAUUAAAGCGGUGUCACACUCUACCUUAUACACAUUGUGAAUUUCAAAAUUUUCCUUAUUCGGGUUCAGUAAAAAAAGACAAUGUCCCAAGGGAUAGUAAUAAAAACAAAAGGUUUCUCUACAUUGCCUGACUGUGUAUAGGUUGGUAGAUCUAGUCUUUAAGCAGACCCUACUGUGUUCUUAGAGAUAGUACGAAAGCUGGCCGAAAGAGUGUAGCUGGCCAUGCAAAGGGAGUCAAAUGUGCACUAUUUCUUGGCCAGCUUUGAUACUAUCUCUAAGGCACCGUAGGGUCUGCUUGGAGACUAGAUAGAUCUGACUACCUAUAUAAACCAACUACCUCCUUGGUUUAGCACAGCCAUUUCAACAGUUACUCCAUGGUUUGGAUUCCAGGGCCAACAUGUCCCCAAGGGUAAAUUAGGUCAUUUGCAGCUCAGUCUGCAUCAUGUAGCAACUUCCUCCAAACAGCUCAUUCAAACUUGUUCUAUGGGGAGCCCUGCAUGGGGCUGUUGUCAAUAAAUGCACAAUUGUUCAUUCUUAAAUGUCCUUAAUGCAGAGUUUUGCUUCCAAAGAUCAGCUUGAAUUGGAGAAUAGAAUCCCCCUGCUUCAAGGAACAUACAUCAACAGUUCUGGGCCUCCCUUUACAAGUGUACUCGAAAGGCCUUUCAAGUUAGAUCAUAAUUAACAAAAUGCUAAACUUUUGGUUGUACCAAUUUGCUCCGUAGCCAAAAAAAUCGGUAAGCAAGUAGAAAAUAAAAGACUAGAAAGAAAGCAGACUUGUGAGUUGUGACAACUGUCUGGGUCGUUUUCAGUACUCAGCCUGUCCCAAAUCAGGGACACACCUUGUACAGUAGCUAGAAGCUGUUUACAGUAAUUGCACACCCAAUUUGCCAGCAUAUUUCGUGCAAACAUCCAGCAUGUGCAAUAAUGCAAAGUUACAAAGUUGGACCAUAUAACGUUACUGUAUACCUUACAGCAUACUUUGCACUGUGACACAUCAAUGAUUAUGGGCCAGCCCAGAACAGUGUCCUGUCUAGUACUGGGAUAGGUUAGACUACCAACACUAUGGUUACUAAGUAAAGUACAUUGUACUGUACUAUGUAUCCAGAGGGUAGAAAGGGUUAGAUUAGUGACACUGACUGUUGAUGAUCACACCGCACGUACCGCACAUGUGUGGUUUCCAACUAGAUACAAUGCAAGAACUUAUAACCGCAUGGCAAAUAUUUCUCCUUAAAGCAAAAAUAUUUCCAAGUGACCUUAAAUGCAAUUACAGUGAUUAGACAAUGGACGGAUAGAGAACAAAUUUGAUUGACACAACAUGUUGUCUCCCAAAUCGCAAUGCGGGCAUUGCCAUUGACAGUUUUUAGCAGGCGGGCAUCCCUUUGUGGUGCUGACUCACUUGGGCCCCUCCGCCGACCUCCCACAGUAUUGCUUUCUUUUGCUCCCAAUAGCAAUUUCAUACAUGUUGUCAGUAUUACGCCUUAACACAGGCAGUUAUUGGCCUAUUUUUACCUACAAAUUUUCGUGCAAUUAUCCGGCAUUGGUGACUUUUCGUCAUGCAGAUAAGCAAAGUCACCAACAAUGGAGUGAAUGGGAGCCGGUUUGGGAUUUAGGGAUUCUGUGCAACUGACCUAAGUGUGCGAUAUAAAAUGCAUAAACACAGACACUGACUUUUGGGCAUUUUGAGGUCAGAAUAUGACUGAUCUGUCAAUAAUGCUUAGAGAUUAAUGUAAGAUAACACAUAUUGUGCUACAUACAAUUUAAGUGGUCAAUUAUGCUUUAAUGAAAAUUUGCCAACAUUGUUUGAACUUACAUGAAUCCAGGGAUUUAAAUGAUAAAAACAAAACAGCUCGAUAUAUGCCUAACAUGAAAAGAGUGCAUUUGUUCCUAUAUGCGGACCUUCUUCAAUGACUGCAGUAAAAUAGCUGAAGACAGCCUGGAAGCCACCAUGCCAUAACUGGUCCUGACACUGGGGGAUGAAAUUUCACUCAGCAACAGUCUCAGGCCAAGUAACAAUGGGCCCCUGUACUUUUGCAAGAGUUUCUGAUCAUCAGGAGAUGUUCCAACAUUCCAAUCUUUGGCUGGGUGACAGCAGGUCAGCUCAGGGGUUAAUCCAUGGGCCUUCAGGUCAGUUCUACAGUAGAGUAGAGUUCCGUAUGUUGGACCAUCCUGGGCCCUGCAACACUACUUGUAGUACUGUCCUGGCACCUCAAAUACCUGGCCCCAUUCAUACUUGUGACUGUCGUCUUGCAUUUGUUCACUAUGUCUCUGUGGUGGUUUUGUACCAUGGAAGGUACAUCUGGCCUAAAACGCGUUGGGUUUCAAUGUGAGUAUGAGGACAUAGUGGUCAAUGGAGAGGACUGGUUCCUGGUGAGGAACAUUGCACAGAUUCCUGAUGAUCCAAAUGCUGUGCUGCUGAAGUUCCACAGUGCCAAGUCUGAAAAGGGGAAGCAGCAGUUGCCAAAUGGCAAAAUCAAAGUCAAGUUGGGAGACUACUUCUCACCAGCAGCAUCCCCCUGGGCAAAACUUGAAGACUUCCAUGAUCCAGCAGCCUUCAUUGCGAACUUCAAUGAGAUGAGGGAGAGCAUUGAACGGGAUGAAGAUGAUGAGGAUAGCAUGGGUGAGGAAUCACAGGUGCAUAGCAAAGGGAUGGAAGACUUCAGUGUCGAUGGAGAGCACAUGGCAAAAGGAGCUGAAGGAGAAUCUGAGGGUACCAUGGAGGGUGAAGAUGAUACUAGUGAUGAUGAGUUUGACCCCAAAAAGCCAAAGUUACCCUCCCAAAAAGUAACAAGGAAAAAGCCCAAACAUCAAGAAACAGACCCGGAGACAGAAGAUGAAAUUCAUGGUGAUGAUGGUGACCAAGAAGAAGAAGUUGACCAAAGGAAGAAGAAGAAGAAGACCAAAGGAAGCAAGGGAAGGAAAGAAAAGAGACAGAUUGAGAAGUGUGACUUUAGAGAAGCGGUGGAGAAAAUGAGACAGAUUCACCCUGAUGUAGACAAAGUGGAGAACAACAUGCCACUCAACAAGAACGCAUUAGGCUGGAGGAGUGCUGUAGCUGAUCAACAGAAUUCAACUUUACUGAAUGUGUCAUCCCUCAUGGCUACCCAUGUCGCUGUGGCUACCCUUAGCCCUCGUUGCUACCAGGAGGCCCAAGGCAUCAUGUCUUUGUGGUCUGCUGGUCAGUGCCGUGGACAGGGAAAAAGCCGCAACGUGAAACAGACCAUCUUCAGAGAGCUAAAGGGCCAGCACAGAGAGGAGGACCUGUUUGACCUUCUUCGCCAACUAAGGAGGGGACAAAUAGACUGGGAUGACUUUGAAACUAGAGCAAAAGCCCACAAGAAGAGAAACAGAUCCACAAGUGCAACAAGUGCAACAAGUGCAACAAGUGCAACAAGUGCAGAGGCACAGAAGAAAGCCCUUCAGCUCCAGGAAGAGGUUGCUAUUCUUCAGCAUCAAAAGCAUCAACUUAUGGACGAAAUAGAAAAAAUGAAAAGGGAAAAAAAUGAAAUCCAGGACGAGUUAGUCGAUUUGCAGAAGCAAAAACAGCAAGAGCAGGAGUCGAGGGAUCAGCUACAACAAGCAAAUCAAGAACAAGGAGGAAAGAAAAGAAGGAUGACCGAGAAGGAGAGCCAGCUGAUGCUGAGAGGAAAGAGGCAAAAAGUGGGAGAUACAUCUACAUCUACAUCUGGAGCAUCUGUAGUGGAAAAUAGUUGGGUGGGGGUAUGGUACGAGCGCAAGGGAAGCAGAGUUGGUAGUCCUGGGGUAUGGUACCCAGGACGAGUCCUGGAAAUCCUUCCUGGAGGAAAAAUUAAAAUCAAAUUCCUUCAGUAUGACCCUUCCUCCCCGGGAAGAUUUACUGAGCCAUCAACAGAAGACAAACAGUCAGUCUUUCCAUCAUUCAUCAUUCGAAAAAACUUGCAAGUAGUUGAGGAGAGUACUGGAGUAUGGAAGGUACUGAACAAGGGGGAGGUGGACAGAGCAUGCAAGCGCUUCAAGCCUCCCUCUCGCCACUGAAGGGCAAAAUUACCUGACAGCAUUACAAUGUAUACAAAGAAGUCAAAUUGUUUUUUUGUGAUUUUAGAAAAUGGAUGCCCUGUCCACCUCCUUUUCUUAGCCUUCCAUACUCCGUCCAAUCCAAACCUACCAACCAUUCAUUAUGAUUAACAUCAUGAAUAAAAUCUGUCUUUUUUAGGUGAUUAGGGUAAUGCAUAUAUACAUUUUUGUACAUGUACAAGCCAAGCAGUAUACAGAUAUGAAAUACAGUUCAGACUGUACUUUCCACCCUUUUUUAUCAGUGUACUCAUGUUGUCGGUAACCAGAUAAUAUCAUCAUCUAAACUUUUGAUGGUUCCAUGAAUCUUUCAUAGCAGGAAGGGGCAUACUGAAGGAAUUUGACUUUUUGUAGCUAUUAAUCACUAGACUGAUGUUGGUUAUAUUGUAGAUUCAUAACAUAUAAUAUGAUUUUCUAGAGUUUGAUAUGGUUAACCUGUCCUUUUUUUGAUGCAUUAAAUUGUUCCAAUGUUACAGCAAUGGAUAGUGGAAAACAAUACAACUGUUACAGAAUGAGAACAGUGUGGGAGUUCAGAUAAAGCUACAUUGUGCUGGACUGAUCAUGGCUUCUGCAAAAUGUAGAUCUAGGAUGCGAUCAGUUGUUCAUAUUUUUUUCCCACUGUUUUGUGAUUUUUGAAAGUGGCAAUUCCUACAAUCAAAAUGAUAAAUAACAUUAUACUUAUAGGUACAUGUACAAUGUCGCGAUACACAAUGCUACAUGCCCAAUGCUACAUUAUCAUCAAUAGUUUUUACUCUGUUUAAAACCAUAUGAUUCAUUUUUAUUCAUCCAUAUGAUUUAAUAUAGAUACAUACCAAUUUCUAUGGUGCAAAACAUGUACAAAAGCAUUUUGAUGCUCAUUAAACUAUGCCACUUGGCAAACAACUCUAUCCCAUAAAAAUCAUUGUUGAUCAAGUGUCAGGAAUCUUAGGAUGGAUAAAAAGGAUUCUCUAAUCGUCAUAACUUUGUAUUGAAAUCCAAUCCAUGGCUGUCAGUGUUGUCAGAGUUGUUUAAAACUAUAAUAAUAAUCAUCUGGUGUGUUUUGCCAGCCAGUGGUACCCAAUGAGUAAUGAGGCUGACAAGCGUGGUCGAGGCCCCUCCUCGAGCACUAUGUUUAACUUUGACGUUUGAAUCAGGUCCUACAUGGGCAAUAUAGUGGUUGUUGAUAUAUGAGUCAUAACCCCUUUUUCUAUGUUAAAGAUAAGAGUGCUUCAAACGGCAUCCCUUAUGAAUUGCCGUGGCUCAUUGAAUGUCUUUUUAUGCACAGGAUGUUUAAUAUGUACAUGUACCACAGAAUCUGUCUGCUUUUUCAUCAAUUGGUGUUUGGUAGACUUGCAACAAUGUACAUGUAACAUAUAUAUGUACUAUGUAGACAGAUACAUGUUACAAAAUGUGCCAUAUACACUGUAUAUUAAGUAGACUUACAAAAUUAAUGUAGUAGUGCUACUUCUAUUUCUAAUGACAUGUUGUACUCUUUGUACAUUUAUUCAAAAAAUCUGUUCUAUAAAUAGGGAGUAAAGACUCCACUUAGUUAUAGGGUAAAGAAUCCACUUAUAGGGAGUAAAGAAUCCAUUUUGUCUAUAUGGAAAUAUGUCUCUGUAUCCAGUGAUAGAAUAGGAUAUAUUCUGAAAAAUCAAGGGCCUUUAAGAUGUGCAUGGCAUAGUUUAUCACAUUACAUGUAUUUAACAUUGCAAUUUUCACUGCCUUUUUCUAGAUCACAGACUAUUUUGGCUAUCUCACUGGGUAAAUUUGCCUUUGUAUAAGUUUUCCUUUGCAAGGAACCUCCUGUACAAGAAUAAUGAUAUAAAGUUCAGGGCUAGAAAGUACCAUAUAUUACCUAUGUAUAGAGAUACAUGUCUCAUGAUAUAUCUUCCCAAUUAAACUGAAAGUAGUUCAGGGUAGUUCAGAUUUUUUUUGGUGGCUUGGACUCUUGAUGAUCACGAAUUAUGCUAUCAUUAAAUUCAAUCAAAUCUUUCUUCCAGCCAGUCUGAUGUAUGUCUCAUUUGUUGUGGCAUUUUUCUUUACCAUCUACAAGUUGUAUCUGUAUCUGUAUCUAUAUAGCCGGUAUAACCGCCGUUCGGCGUAACACACCAGCUUUGCAGGCACGCGGCGCAGCAGCAGCUGGUUAUAU